GAGAGGCGGGUUUGUCGCAAGUUGCUACUAUUAUGCAUCAGAUGCAUCAUGGUUGUCUCCAGCAAAGGUUUGAAAAGAGCGCCAAAACUCAGAUUGUUGCAUUUGGAUCUUCAGAAGCUUCGACCUUGGGCGUUGUUUUGCCAAACAAAGAAGGUGACCCCCGGGGCAGUGAGCACCUCUUUCUGGGAUGCUGAGUCGCUGACCUUUCAAGCUGGAAAGCUUCGCUGAGCCUGUGGCUUAGCGGACCCGGGACCUUGCCAUGACCAAUUUUCCUAUCGAGCGACGUUAGAGCGUUCGCUGGUGGUUAUCUGGCCCAUCCAAUCCGUAUCAAGAGCUAACACUAAUUCCUUUUCGACUUAGCAUGUCGCCCUACGCCGCCUCGUCCGGUGGCUCUUAUCAACGCGCAUGCUGUCCUUGUCCUAUAUCAAGGCAAUCCGACUGGUCUAUCUCUGCACUCGCAAAGAUCUCACUGGAGCCCUGACCCACCUGGAUGGUCACUUCUGGUUCUCCUCGUAUAGCAAACGGCGAGAUCAUCGUGAUGCCUAAGCCUACAACGCCUCUUCCACAAUUCCAGAUAGGCAUACUUAUGAUGUUUGAACUUACGGAAAUUAUAGCUUCGAUGUCUAUAUACCCGUAUAUCAAUCAGCUUGUCAGGGAAAUUGACAUCACUGGAGGUGAUGAUGCAGCUGUAGGAUAUUAUGUCGGAUUAAUUGAUUCUCUGUUUUACCUCGCCCAGGCGCUGACAGUAUUGAGCUGGAGUCGGUUGUCCGACCGAAUUGGACGCAAGCCAGUGUUAUUAAUCGGACUAACAGCAGCUUGCAUUUCGAUGAUAUGUUUUGGCCUUUCGACAACCUUCUGGAGCCUGGUCAUCAGCCGCUGCAUGUGGGGUGUAUUGAAUGGCAACACCGGAGUCAUGAAGACUGUGAUGGGCGAAUUGACGGACUCUACAAACAUGGCUCAGGGAUUUGCCUUGAUUCCGAUCAUCUGGUCAAUUGGGAGUUUUGUUGGCUCUUUAAUGGGGGGAAUGCUUGCGCGACCACAGGAUCACUGGCCUGGAUUGUUUACUGAUCCAUUUUGGAGAAAAUACUCGUACUUUCUUCCUUGUGUAGUAUCGGCUUCUCUGCUCCUCUUGGCCUUUUUUAUGCUGUUACACUUCUUAGAAGAAACAUUAUCCAUUCCCGGCGUUUCUCGUGGUGUCGACAGUGAUGAUCAGGAAGCGUUUGUGCGACAAUCCACGGCAAAUACGACCUUGUGGUCUCUGCUCACACCUGCCAUUGUUAUUCCGAUCGCAAACUAUGCUAUGCUGUCCUUCCUUGACACGUCUUUCAGGGCUCUCAUACCGCUGUUUCUUUCCACGCCCACCCAUCUUGGUGGCAUGGGCCUUACUCCUUCUUCUAUUGGUCUGUGGCUGGCGUUCUGUGGGAUCGUGGAUGGACUCUUUCAGGCAUUGUUCUUGGCCAAAAUUGUUGAUUGGGUUGGUCCCAAACAUCUAUUCUGUGUAUCAGUGUCGUGCUUCGCACCGCUUAUUGUCGCGUUUCCGGUGAUGUCGUGGCUGGUACGCACAAGGGGGAUGGUUGAUCAUGCAAUUAUGUAUGCCUUGCUUGGUCAGUUGAUUCUGACAGUAACAUGGGAUAUGGCAUUUGCUACUGGUUUGAUGUUUAUCACAGCUUCUGCCCCUACGAAGAAUGUUCUUGGCGUUGUUAAUGGUCUCUCCCAAAGCUCCAGAUCGAUAGCUUGUGCCCUUGGGCCCGCCUUAACCACCUCGCUCUUUGCAUUUUCAAAGAAACACAAUAUUCUCAAUGGAAAUGCAGUAUAUGUCGUCUUGAUUAUGCUGUCCGGUGUACUGAGGUGGCUGGGCUCGCAGCUGCCAGAUGAAAUACAAGACAGGGAUGAAUGAAAGACACUUCAUAGACUUGC